AUAUAAAGUAGUUUCGUUUGACUAAUUCAUUUCUUAUUUGUAAUUAGUCUGCACAAUUUAACCUAGAGAACAGUAAAAAGAAACAAAUAGCAGUACACUUAAUUCUAAAUUAAAAUUGGACAAGGAUAAUAACACAAAUCUCUUCAUAUUUCAGAUUAAUUAAACUUUAUGAAAAUAUAUAAAUUUGAUCAUCAUAAUAAUAAGAUGAUUAUUGAACAAUUAUUUUAUUGUCUACUUGUUUUAAUGGCUUUCAGUAGUAUCAUCAAUGCUAUACCCGUGCAUGAACUAAAUUAUGCGAACCAUAAAUCAAAUGAUCACAUGAUUGGAAAGCAAUACGAUGAACGGUAUCCUACAGAUGGUAACACAAGAUUUGUAGAAUCAGAUUAUUCAAACUUUUAUCCAAUGGCAUUUAAGCGUACUCUCUUUAAUCCUAUUUUGAUGAAACGUAAUUUCGAUCCAAUUGUAUUUAAACGUUCAUACUUUGAUCCAAUUAUUUAUAAACGAUCAUAUUUUGAUCCUAUAUUAUUUAAACGUAAUGAGAAUCGUCAAUUGGAAAAACGUGAAUAUUUUGAUCCGAUAAUUUAUUAAAAUCAUUCAAAGAUAAAAACCUAUUCAAUAGAAGCACAAUGUAAUCAAUAAAAAAAUGUAUUGAAAAAAAUAUAUAAAUAUUUCUGAAGAUUGGCUUUAAAACGUUGAACUAUUCUGUUUUAUUGUUUACUGUAAUGUUAUUAAAUAGAAAGAGUGUCCUUAUGUAAGCCAUUUUUGAGAUUUGAUUUAAGUAGAAUGAUUUCAUACAUAUAGUUCCCUUUAACAUUUUGAAAAGAGCAAGAACAAAGAUUCUAGCAGAAUA